CACCUGUCCGCCUUUUAUCCUUCUCAAGUCUUUUCCGGAACCAAAGAGUCACGAUAUCGAUCUGCGUCGGACACAAACUCUAAACCCCACCCCCACCCUCUAUCUGGGAGCCUGUCAAACGCACGUCAUUAUCUGCACUUAAUAAGCCGCCACGCCUUUGUGUUACUUGAGCCCAGCCCAGUUGACUCCCCGUCAGAAGUCAAAAGGGAAUAUCCCGAGGGACGAGCGCAUCCGGAAGUGCGCAAAAGCAGUGCAAAUCAGUUGCAGCACCUCGAUUAUUUUUUUUCCCGCCUUGCUGAGCUGGCACGUGGGUACAGUAAUCCACUGCCAGUGCAUUCAAGGUGUGUGGAUUCUCUCUGUUUCGUCUUGCUGCAUGGGUGACAAUCCGAUCAGCGCAGGCAAUUCAGAGCCCAUUUCAUCUUUUCACUCAUCUGCAUAUCCUCGGUGUAAGAAUAAAGUAUGGCUCGCCUCGUCGAAGCGUCGACUCCCGUCGAUUACUGUUGCUCCGGGUGCUGCAAGGCUGCUGAUUUUGGCACCCACGACUACUGUCUCCCAUGCGAGACCAACCCAUCAUGCACUACCAGCUUGGACAAGACUAAGGACAUUGACCAGCCGCCGAAGGGGGAUUCUCAGGAUAAGGACCACAGGGGCCCCUAUGGCUCGCAUCAAUGAAACGAGGAGACAGAAAGGGGGAGAGAAGAGCGAAAAGCAGAAUCGCAAAAAAAAACAAAAACAGGACACAAUAGCAUAUGGCCCUGAUUCGGGGUCCUGGGGGCUGGCCCCCACGCGCGCUUGCCGCUACACUACUGCAGACAAACCAUUGCUGGGAGUUUGGGGCUAUGAGAUAUUUACGGUACUGCGAAAUGCUUUAGAAGUUGUUAGAAUAUUCGGACCAGUUUGCUUGAGCGAGAAAGAGGCAAGAGAUAAUCAUCAUCAUGGUUGAGCUAAAUGGGAUAUCUAAAGGUCCAAAGCAGAAUGAGAAAGAACAUGUAUAUUUACAUUAAAGCAACUUCAUUAAUUUCC